UUUUGUCUUGCUGUUGUAGCUGCUAUGUUUCCGUUUUUGCGAAGGAACAUGAGUCUACUUACGUGACGGUAAUCAGUUUCACUCAGUAAAUAUAAAUAUAAUAUUGUUUAUAAAAAUAAAACAAAUUCAUGUGAGUUUUUGCAUUUUCUUGAAGUGGAGAAGAGAAGUGCGCACACAAAAUGGUAACGCUAAAAAGCAUAAAAGAACAAUUCGACGAACUUGGCAUUGAACCUUCGGAAGAGGUUGCGAACAAAUGUAUCGAAAUCUGCCUUCGGCACGAUAUUGAAGAUCCGAUCGAGUUCGUGGAACAAUGGAUGGCCUACAGUGUGUCGAAGCACAACGGGGCAGAACCCACUGUGGAACUAUUGCGAGAUAUGGAGUCGCACGAGUAUUCCAACAGGGUGCGAAAAGCAGUAGCACCAUCGGCGGUAAGUCGGCUUCGCCAUGGUGAGGGCAUACUAACUUCCCCACGAGCUACGACCGAUUCCGGACAAAAUAGAGAUAUUGUUGGUCCAGCCAGAAGUCCGAUUGCCGGGGGUUUGGUGAUCUACAAUAAUGCUGAGCUGGAUUCCGUCGAGAGCGACGUGCUGGGAUCGUACGGAUGCAUUACUCCGAAGGCCAAAAAAGUAGUCUCCCGACUGCACGCGCAAACUCCGGACUGCAAUAAGGCCCAAUUUUCGCCGGCCAGUUAUUCGCCCCUCUCAUCGUCGAAACGCUUGGAGCAGGAUGGUCCCAGCCGGUCGGGAAACGUGGUGUACACCUUCGGCAGUGCACUUCUACUCAAACAAACCAGCUGGUCAACGGAAUCGGAAGAAAUUCGCAGGCUAGUCGCGAUCGAGGUGCGUCUUUACAAAGGUAACCAGCUGACGGGGCAGGACAAUCCUACCAAUGAAGGGCCGUGUUUUAUGAGCGACGAGUGCAAGUACAUGUACGACUCAGCCUACGAUCGAGUGCUGAUUCUGGGCGAUAGAAUCUACGAAGGGGGCAAACAGAUUUGUCAGAGGCUCGCCGAACGGAGGAAACAGGAAGCUGAGCAAAGCGAAGCGGUUGAAGCGGGCGCGAUUCUGCGGGAUGAUCGUGAGGCCAGCACGAUAGAGGAGGUCGCAAUUCAUCAUGUCGAUUUUCCUAGCACAGAUGUGAUAAGUGUGUUGGGUAGAAUUGUUAUCCAGCCGGAUAAGAAGGAUGAUUAUCUAGCGAUUGUAGAUUUCGACGAAAUGACGCUACGAUACACAAAAUUGGACUUCAGUAAAAUGAAAUCCUGGACCGUGUUUCCUGGUCAGACAGUGAUCCUGGAGGGGGUCAAUCCUCGAGGUACAUCUUUUGAGGUUCGUAAAAUUCACUUUGAAAGGAAGCUAGUACUGCCUAUUGCUCCAGUACAGCUGGGCACGAAGUUGAACAUAGUGAUUGCGUCUGCUCCCUUCACCGAAAAAGAAGAUCUGCUAUACGAAAAGUUGUCCGACUUACUAGCAUACUGCAGUAACAACAAUCCAGAUGUUCUUAUCCUUACGGGGCCGUUCGGUAGCACUAGCAGUCCUCUAUUUGGCACAAUUGCCGAACCAUUUGAGGUGUACUUUGAGAAAAUUAUGACCAACAUUAUGAGCUCUGUUUCGGCAAGCACGGAAGUUUUGAUUGUAGCAAAUCACGAUGACAUUAUGUCGAUGUUCGUCUAUCCUUCGUUUCCGUAUAGAAUCAAUAAGUUUUUUAAAAAUCUCCACUUUCUACCCGAUCCAUGCGUGGUUUCAAUCAAUGGUUUCGAGAUAGGCGUCACGACCGUGGACGUCAUUAAGGACUUGGUCGACGCAGAGGUGGGCGAAAACCGUGCCGGCGAUAGGAUAAAGCGAGCCUUCAAUUACAUGUUCCAUCAUCAGACGUUUUAUCCACUGAAUCCACCACCGGAAAACAUUCCACUAGAUUUGGACCUGCUGAGCGAAUUCGGAAAUCUACCAAAGGUACCGAACAUGAUGAUUUGCCCCGGUGAUCUCAAGUGUUUUGUUAGGGACGUCAACGGUUGCGUUUGCAUCAACCCGGGUCACCUGUCGGAUCCUAGCAGCGGCGAAGGCACUUUUGCUCGUGUAGUAGUGCAUCCACCGGAUGCGGAAACGGCUGCGCCGUUCAGUUAUAUAGCUUGUCAGGUGGUUAAGUCUUAGCAGCUGUGGUUAAAAUGUUAAUUGUUUUACUGUUGGAUUUGGAUACUUUUUUCGAAUUGUAAUAAUUGCUUUUCCAUUUGCAAAAGAAACUUCCCUAUUUUACAAUUAUAUUAAGAUGAACGUCCAUACUUGUCAUGUAGGAUUGAUUGAGGGAUUAAAUACUUAAAUACACACUUAAUUGUACAGUAAAA